UAUGAAAAAUUCCAUGCAGUUGACCAUUACUUCAGAGUUCUGUAGUUGGACUGCCUUUUAAGAAGUUAACCACCUAAGAGUGACUACUAUUGCCUUUGAUGUUCUCCAUAGCGCAUUUGAUGAUGUUACCAGGAAAGACAUCCAACAAAUAGUAAGAGAAAGACCAUUUCAUGCUGAUACUGCUUCUUCCUUUGAUUCUGGUCAGGUUUCCCAACACUUUACCUCUUGUUUCAUUAUGAAAAAUGUACAAACUUCAAACCAAAAGGGUAAAAGCUGCUGCUGGGCAGAUGUGGUCUUCAAAUCUCUCCAAAAUCAGAAAAUCUGUUAAAAAUGUUUACCAUAAAUGUAAGAACCAAUACUCAGAGUCAACUCGACAUCCAUCUAAGACUUCCUAUGAUUGUGACCAAGAAGACAUUAGUACUGAUGAAGAAAUGAACCUAACGGUCAUGUUCCAAGAUAUCAAAACUGCCCAAAUUGAACUCCUCAGUAAAAUGACCAAUAUUGUCAAUGAAGUAUCAAAAAUCCAGAAAAAUGUUGAUUUUUAUCAGAAGCAGACCGAGGGAAUGGAAACUAGAAUGAAUGCAAAUGAAAACAAACAACACACAAUAACUAAAAGUUUCUUCUCUAUGAAAGAAAAUAUUGAUGCUUUAAAGAAGAAGGUGAUAGAAUUGGAAAACCAGAGUUUUUGCUCUAGCAUACAUUGCUUGGAGAUUCUGGAAAGAGAAAAGGGUAAAGAGAUCAUAGAACUUCUUCACCAACUCAUCCAACCAGAAACUUCGAAGAAAACAUCUACCUCUACAGCCUCUGAAAUCCCUUCAAAAGAACCGAAGACAAUACCCAGUGAUCUCCAGCCUACUGGUCAAUCUGGGGAAAAAAAUUCUCCCAAAGUUAAAAAUUUGAAGAAAAGUAACCAACAAAAUGCAUCAAGACGCUUAAAAAAGGCAAGUCCACAUAUUCAUAUUUACCCAGACUUUAGUACAUGGAUCAAGCUAACUUUUGUCCAUGGAGAAAAGUGGGGAUUUUUUCUUAGUCCUACAAAACUAGAGGAAUUCCUUCAGUGGCUUCUUUCUAGGCCAACCAUUCCUCCUGAGGAACCACAACUCAUAACCCAGAAAUAUUAUCCACUCACUGGACCUAUUGCAGGCUUGACCACAAUCUGUCUCUCUGUUUUCAACUACAUUUACUGUCUUUUUGGUUCCUCAAAAGAGCAAGUAACUCGACUAUAAACUUAUUUUCUGCUUUGCUUGGCACAAAAUAAAAUUAACCUGGUUGCUCCAAGCAGU